GAGUUUAUUUUGCAGGUAAAUGGAUGUCUGAACGGUGGCCAGAUGAAUGGUUUAAACAUGGAUAUACAACAGACAUUACAGUUCUUGAAUUAUUUCCUAUUGUUGUAGCCAUUUUCACAUGGGGCAAGGAAUUGCAGCAAAAGAAAAUAUGCUUUAGAUCAGAUAAUAUGGCAGUGUGCCAUAUAAUAAACAAAAUGACUUCCAAAUCUGAUUUAAUUAUGGUCUUGCUGCGAAAUUUGACAUUAAAAUGUUUGCAGAUGAACAUUGUGGUGAAGGCUGAACAUGUUCCUGGAGUAAAAAACUCAAUAACCGAUGCCUUGUCUCGUUUUCAGAUGCAAAGAUUUUGGACCCUGGUACCAAACGCACAUCAAAGCCCAUCUAUAAUGGAACCCCAACUAUGGAAAAUAUUCAACAAAGAGCUGUUAGUUUGAUAACAACCAGUGUGUCUGACAGCACAAGAACAGCAUAUAAUCUUGCCAUUAAUCAUUUUAAUACUUUCAGGCUUACUUAUAACCUACCGGAUACAUGGCCGAUACCACUGAACCAAUUUAUUAUGUACAUAUCAUACUGCUUUGAAAAGAAUUAUGCACCAUCAACAAUCAAAUUGUAUAUGUCAGGUAUUAGCUUUGUGCAUAAAAUCAGGGGAUUCUAUAAUCCAUUUAGCAAUUUUGUAGUCAGUAAGAUGUUGGAGGGUUGCAAACGUUUAAGGCAGCAGCAAGAUCUCAGAGUGCCUAUAUCUCUUGGCAUGUUGAACAGAUUAGUUUCAGUUCUUCCCAAUGUAUGUUUUUCAAAAUUUGAAACAAAACUAUUUACAGCAGUAUUUUAUUUGGCCUACUUUGGUUUGUUUAGGAUAAGUGAAUUAGUUGUUUGCUCAAAUAACACAAAGGACAGAGCACUUUGUAAACAAGACAUCACUUUUGAAGGGUUAAACAAUGCAAUAAUAAUUCGAGUUAGGAUGAGUAAAACUAACCAAACAGGUCGACCUGUGUUUGUGCGUAUUCCUAGCAAUCAGGAAACAAGCAUAUGCAUUAAUGCUGUAAAAGAAUACGUAGCUAUAGCCCCUGCCAGAUCUGAGCAAUUUUUCUGUCAUGCCAACAAUACACCAAUGACAAGAUAUCAGUUCUCAGCUGUGUUGUCGAAAGCCUGUGCACAGGCUGGUAUUUCUUCAAAAGUAUUAUCACAUAGCUUUAGGAUUGGUAGAGCAACCGACCUUGCUCUUCAAGGUUACUCUGAUGAAACAAUAAAACGUAUGGGUCGUUGGUCGUCGAACUGUUAUUCAGGCUAUAUAAGAAUGAAGGAGUAAAACUUAUGAAAACUCAAGAUAGCUUGCGAUUGCGCCUGUAAUUAUAACAACUCUUUCUUUGGGUUUAUUUUACAGCAGUUUGGCUGGUAGGGGAUUCACAUAUUCGAUGGGCAGGGGAACGCUUCCAUUCAAGACACAGGGACACGUUUAAAAAUUUCACCAUUUCCUGGGAUGGUCAGAGUGGUUUGAGAGUUGAAGAUUUGCAUCCAGUAAUCCAACUUGGUAUGAUUAAAGGCCGAACUCCUGAAAUUAUUUUCCUUCAUGUUGGGGGAAAUAACAUCACAUGUACAAAUCAAUGUAAAACUAUAAGAAUAAUUAAAUCUGAGUUGCAGUAUCUUUUCGAUAUAUUUCCUAACUCAUUGAUUGUUUGGGUAUUCAUUCUUCCCAGAUUAUCUUGGACUAGGGAAGUGGUUGACAAUUCUUAUCAAAAGAAAAUGAAUUCCAAACGUCAAAAAAUCAAUCGCACAAUUUCAAAUUAUGUGUUAUCUUUUGCUAGGGGAAGGGCAAUUUUGAUAGAAUCAAUUGAUUUGAGUACCCCAGGAAUGUUCCAUGUUGAUAAAGUCCAUUUGUCAGAUGUUGGCAAUGAACUAUUCAUCUUCAGUAUAGGUGAAGCAAUCGCAAGCUUUCUUGGCAGCGACAUUAAGUUUAUUAAAUGCUAAGGCCUAUAAUUUUGGGGGACAAAUUGUUACCAAUUUGCAGUGGCGGAAAAUUCUAGGCCGCUCAUGAUGGGAUGGUGUCACUGUCAACAAUUAUACAUUAUUUCACAAGUUAACAAUAUUUUAUAUAGGUAUGGGUGGUUCUCCUCUCCUUAAUAUGGCUCCUUUUGGAGAUAAUCAGUUUUGGAGGGAAGCCAUCCUAUAUUUGGCACAUUUCACAAAAUUUCAUUUCAAAAUGUUCAUUCUUAAGUUUGCAUUUAGAUGCUUUGGGUCUGCUCGGACAAAGGCGACCCGAAGCGGAUUUAUGGAGAUAAUAUAUACAUGGAGUAUAUACGAGGAGUAUUAUACACAGUAUAUAUGGAGCUAUAUAUAUACUCAGGAGUAUAAUACAUGGAGAUUGGACAGUAUAUAUGGAGAUAUAUAUAUACUGAGGAGUAUUGAUAUUUUCAAUGGAGGUUGGAUAUAGUAUAUAUGGAGCUAUAUAUAUACUAGAUUAUGCGUGGUACAUAUGUAAAAUAAUAAUAAUAAUAAAUUGUAAUUACUUUAAGCAAGCGUGACACCAUCCUGUCAUUGAUGCCUAGAUUUUUCAAAAAUUCCAUGUGGCAACUCUUGAAAACCAGUGGAAUUCUAACUAUCUUUUACUGCGGUCAAUAAACUGCCAAAAUAUUACACUAAAUUACCAAUACAUGUUAUUUAACAGUAUUCAUACAAACAUGAAUAAAAUGACUGUGUACUUUUAA